AUGGCGCCUGCCUAUUGCAACCAAACCGGCUACCUACACACUGCCGAUUUUCAACGAUUGGUGCUCCAUGUCAUCAGCUUUAUCUCGAUUCCGAUCCACGUGUUCGGAGUUUUCUGUGUAUUUUUCAAAACGCCGAUAUCUAUGCAAUCCGUGAAGUGGAGUAUGAUGAAUGUUCACUUGUUCAGUUGUCUUUUGGAUUUGGGAUUGAGUUUUUUGACGACACCAUUUGUAUUUUUUCCGUUAAUGGCUGGAUAUCCGCUGGGUUUUUUGGAGUAUCUAGGUGUGGAAACAGAGCCUCAAGUCUACAUGAUCAUUUUUAUGGGAGCAUACUUACUGGUGGCCAUUAGUAUUGUCUUUGAGAACCGCCUGUUUGUCCUCGUAAUGACCAACAAGAACCUUCAUCGCUACGCCACUCCGAUCUACCUUAUCCAUUAUAUAAUACCACUAAUAGUUAUUCCAACUGUCAUCAAAAUCCCCGAUCAGGAAGAGGGUAAGAAGAACUUCAUCAAUUUAUUUGAAUGUGUACCUCCGUAUGUUGAACUGAAGAAUGUAUUCUAUUUGAUCCUUGUCAAGAAAUUCUUUCUUAUAAGUUGCGGAAUUUUCAUAAUGGUUUUGUUCUUGGAAGUUUGGUUCUUGGCAUAUAUGACUGAUCGGAAGCUAAAGCAGCAGAUGACAAAGACAAUGUCCCAGAAGACUGUAGACUUGCAUCGCAAGUUUCAAAGAGCAUUCAUCUUGCAGCUCCUCAUCCCAUUCCUGAUCGUCUUCGUUCCACUUGGCUACAUCGGGUUCACCGCGAUCUUUGACUAUCACAAUCAGUUUUUCAAUAACUUGACAUUAAUUAUAAUAUCAUCUCAUGGAUUCUUCUCAACGAUUGCAAUGGUAGCUCUUCAUGCUCCCUACCGGGAAUAUACAUUGAAGUUAUUUCCAUUUUUUAAACGUCUGAGCUCCUCGCCUACAAACCUGACUGCACCGCAGAGUGUAAUGGUGACGAAUAUGUGA